AUGCGCUCUCGGGCACCAUCCCGCCCCAGUACGGCAAGCUCGAGGCCAUCGACUUCCUCUCCUUCGACAACACGCGCCUCUCCGGCACACCGCCACACGCGCACCCACACCCCUCCCGGCCGCCACACGCCACACCCCUCCCCGCCGACACACCUUCCCCGCCGGGGGAGGCGCGGCGAGGGCUGCGGCUGCGUCUCACGCCCUCUUGCCCGCCCUCUGCCCGCCCCCUCCCCCCCAGGCACCAUCCCGCCCGAGAUGGGCAAGCUCGACCGGCUCAAGGACCUCGACCUCGACUUUACGCGCAUCUCGGGCACCAUCCCCCCGGAGCUCGGCGACUGCGACAACUUUUACGAGCUCGACCUCGACUCGACCUUCCUCUCGGGCACCAUCCCCGGCUCGUUCGCCAAGUUCGACAACCUCUUCGACCUCGAGAUGGAUCACACCCAGAUCUCGGGCACGCUGCCAAAGGUGUUCGACAAGAUGGCGCGCCUCUCCCUCCUCUACGUCCACGACACGCCCAUCUCGGGCACGCUGCCGCACGGCAUUGGCAAGUGGGACAACGUCGAGGAACUCAAUUUUAAGAACACGCCCAUCUCGGGCACCCUCCCCUCCGGCUUCACGACGCUCGACCACCUCGAGCACUUCGACGUCUCGAGCACGCGCAUCUCCGGCGUGCUGCCGAGGGCGAUGGGCAACAUGAACGACCUCAAAAAGUUCAUGGCGCGAGAGCCGCAGAGAGCCGCAGAGGGCACGCUGCCCAAGAAGCUCGAGCAGGCUGGCGACCUCGAGCACAUCAACCUGCACUCGAUGCAGCUGAGCGGCACACUCCCGCCCGAGUGGGGGCGGCUCAAGCAUUUGGAGAAGCUCUCGCUCUACGGCAACAAGAUCUCUGGCGCCCGCCCGCCCGAC